GGAUCUGCUGUGUCUGCCCUGCAGUCGAAGGUCAAAGCCCUCUCUGAACGUCGGGCUGCAGUGAGGGAACGGGAUGAUAAGGGGCCGGCUGCACCGGGUCCCACCCCAGGAUCCCAGACCCACGGUGUUAAGAAACCUUCGCCUGGGCUUUCAGCUACAGGUUCACCAGCCACAAGUAAAUGGCAGCACAGCAGCAGCGAUGAAGAGGUGGAGCCCCCUUUUCAGGAGCAUACCUGUCCGUCAGAAUUUGAACUCCCAGGAGACACUGAUGCAGAAGACGUGGUUUUAGGGGGAAACAGGAGCGAAGAAGGCCCCCACCUUGUCCCAUCCACCAUGCCCCGUGGACUCUGUGAGGGAGCAAGUGUGGAGAACCUGAUAAAUGUUAAUGGCAGCCCUCAGGAGGAGCCCCAGUCAGCUAAGCCUUGGACACCCCCGAAAGGCUUCUGGAAGGCCACUAGGCCUGAGACGUUGCUUUUGAACGAGGACGCCCCGCUGGUGGAUGACAGGCCUGGGGCCAGGACCCAGUGGAAGGCCAGGCCAGUGGGCGGGGAGUGCAUACGGAGGGAGCUCCAGAGGUCAGACAGCCUCGAGAGCCACCUGCGCAGGUGUGUUCAGAAUGAGGAGGGACCAGUGGCCCCGCUGGGGGGACUGUGGAGAGCUGAUAGCUGGGAGAGCGUGUGCAGCAGCGGAGGCUCCCUCUCCUUGGCCGAGCGGGUGGAGAUGAACCGAGCCAUCCUCAGACAGAUGCUCAGCGAGUCCGUUUGCAGCAAACCCACGGAGGGUCAGACAGGACUGGAGACGGACCGCAGGCCGGAGGACAUCUCUGACCACAAAGGCAAAGGGCUUAUUUCCCUGAAUGACAGCGACUGGGACUCUGGGAUCUCCCUUCAAGACAGCGAGCACUGUCCAAGGGCCUUUGUGCUCAGCGACGAGCUGCCUCUGAGUCCCCGCCAUGAGCAGGCCAAGCGGCUACUGGAGAGAGCCCGCAUGAAGGCCCGGUCCAACCCCUUGAAAGCCGACCACACCAUCCUGCCCGUUCCACGGGACGACCCGGAGUCUCUGUCCAGGGGUGGUGCGCCACUGCACAGGACUCUACCCGGGAAGGAGGGGGUGGUGGCCUCUUCUGGCAACCUGAGUGACUCGUCCAGCGGUGACUCAGCAUCUGGACCCCGGCGCCGCCACGGUCAAUCACCCACCCGUGUGCGUUUUGAAGACGAGUCAGAGAAGGAUGCUGAAGUGCGCUAUUUGGAGCGGCUACGGCAGCGACGGCGUGCCGGUGAGAGGGCCCAAGGCCUGCUGGUUUCCAAGCCCAGCCUCUCCUCCUAUGUCAACGGAAGGAAGGACGGUGAAGCAUCCAGAGCUGCAGACCACAGCCAGGCACCUGAUUCCAUACUCAACAAGAAGAGCAGGAGGAUGCAAGAAGAGAUUCUUGGAAAGGGCAGCAGCCAAAGCAAGGCCUCAUUGCAGGAGGUGGCAAGCAGGAAAUGCAACUCCUGCGGGUCCCUCCUGGAUAGUGGGUCAGCCUCCCACGCAAACUCCGCCUCAAACUCGCAGCUGUCACAAGCAGCAAGCGUGCACCAUGAGACUCAGGGGAAGGCAGUACCUUGCUGGGUCGCCCCCGUCCACCCAAACCGCACGGUCCGCACUGAGCGGAUCAAAGAGACCUACAUUGGGGAGAUCUCUACUGCCAAAGAUCUCAGCACUGACAAUACGCAUUGCACCUUGCCCUGCGGCACGGAGAAAGACGGGCACUCCGGUAUGCACUCGGCUCGUGCGCAAAAAACAACAGGUACCAACGACAGUGGCGCUCUGGUAUCAAAUUCAAACCCGAACCCAAGGUCCAAUGGAGCGGAAUCAAGCAUGUCCAAUGACUCUGUUGUGCUGCCCCCAAACCCUUACACCACAGAUCAGUUGGGGCAGUACAUGGCUAUGGGGAACCCCAGCCAGAGCGCCUCCUCCCCAGCCCCGCAGGUAACUCAGGUGCACCCCUCGGCAGAGCUCAACAGUCCGCCACAGAACAAGGACGCUCCUACUACUCCGCAGCCCAAGAAAUCUGCUCUCAAGACAGGUUCCAAGAACCGACCGAGCGGCCAGCGAGUGGUAAAACUCAUGCCUUCACCACAUUACCGCCUCAUCCACCUGGAUGGAGCGGAGAGCCUGGAUGCCAGCCUCCAACAGGGGUUGCCGCAAGCCUCUGCAGGGCACUGCCACCAGGGGAAUGUAGACCAGUGCCACGAACCCACCAGCACCCCUGUGGCCUCUCGCUGUGGGGGAGAAAGCCAGAUCAGGGGACCAAUGAGGGUAGAGCACUUUAGGGAUGAUAACCCUGACAUGGCUCAUGGACUUGAUUCCCACAGACGGGUCCUGAUGGAAGGUUCUGACAUCCGUGAGGGUCGGCCCAAGCUCUCGCUCCGCCGCUUCUUCUCCGCCAUUGGGCUCAACAGUGUGGGAAAGCUGGUUAAGGGACGUUCCAGCAGUAUGGAGCAGCUGAGCUUCACACCAAGGCACAGCCCAGUCUCUCUCAGUCCCACACAUCGGCAGCAGACCCCGCUGAAGAAGGCCCCCUCACUGCAGUCAUUGCACAUGGGGUCUCCCUUCACCCAGUUGCGGAAAGCCUCGUCCGUACAGAGUCUGCAGUCUCCACGGAAGAAAGCGGAGCGCUCCGCUGCCUACACACCAGGGGAGCAGCCCUACAGCGCCGCCUGCAGGGGGCUGCAGCGAACACUCAGCGUAGAAGAUGUUGGGUGCCCCAGUCGAGUGCGCUCCGUGGGCCGUGUCGCUCAGGCCUUCCCUGAUGGAACGCUGCUCCUGGAGCUCAACAGACCCUCCCACGGCCCCUUCGGCUUCCUUAUCUCUCGGGGUAAAGGGAGGCCGGACUCGGGGGUCUAUGUGGAGGAGAUGGGCGACAGCAGCACGCAGAAGCUGUACGCAGGCCUCCUAGGGAUCGGAGAUGAGAUCCUGGAGGUGAACGGGGAGAAGGUGGCUGGACUGAGCCUGGAUCAAGUCACGCGGCUAAUGACACAGGAGAGCACGGCUUCCGUUCGCGUGCUCCGGCACCGGCGCUUUCCACGCUGACAGGGUGUCGGGACCAGCAUGCAGCAGAGGAAAGCUGGAAUGCGGUAGGGUGGCCCAGUGACGGCCGGAGGAGUCUGGCAGAAGGUGUCCUGGUAUGUGACAAACAGUAUGUUCUCAGAAAUAAUACGGCUGUGAGCAGGACUGAAACAUUACAGGCCUCUUCAGUCCCGCGUAAGCGAGCGAAGGAAGGAAGGGCUGCAAUGUGUUCGUGUCGGGGCUUCAAUCCUGCUCUUCUCUCCGAGCUCAGACUCCUCAACGUAAGGUGAACACCUGUUCUUUCCUUUUCGACUCCAUCUUUGUGCACCAGAGCGUCAAAUGUGAUUGUCCAGUUGUGCUGCACAGGCUGAGAGUAUCUGUCCUCAGUCCCGUUACUGUAGACCCACUUUCCUAGGGCUGAAAACAUGCUGCACGCUGACCCAGAUGUGCUUGUCAUCAUCAUAUUACAUCAAGGUUUUUCGUAAGUCACACACCACCUAGACAUGCGUUAGCAAUUAUGAAUUUGUUGAGAGAGAUCUCUGCAGGUUUGCUUACACUCAUAAGAUUAAAAUGUUGUUACCCAUGAAGUUAAUAAUAAUGUAAAAGUCAGUCUGAAGUACUAAUUAUCUGAGGACCUUGUGGCUUUGUAAUAUCUUCAUGAUUGACAGUGUAUAAUCUGAAUUAUAAUUUGUACUGUUUCGUUUAAGGACCAAUACAUCAAGUUCACGUGACAUAUUUUUAUAUUGAAAGAACAACUAUAGCUAUAUUGCUUAGAGAGUACGGCGAACUGAACAGAAACUUGCAUCUUCUAAGGACAAAGGAAUACUGCUCUAGACAACAUAUUGUCAACAUUUACACUUUUACUAUUUAUCCUGCAAAACCUUCUCUAUCAAAACUCAUAAAAUUGUCUUAUCUCACCUGGCGUUACAUAUCAGACCAAGACAGCUGGGCCAGCAGCAGGUUCAAAGACCACAAGUCCUUAGUGCAACUUUAGAAUUACAAAAUAGAAAGUAUUUGGUUGUAAAUUUUUGUCGGAAAAUUAUUCGUUGAACAAAUAGAAUACAAAAAAACUUCUACUAAACAAAGUCACAUUAAUUACAUUCAGUUGAUGCCC